AUGCAGUCUACCGUAUUUGAGGAAGAUAUAAAUGCGCAAAGUCAAUCAUCCCUCACAAAGCCGAAUGUUGACAUAGCUCUACGACCUUAUUUCGCAGAAACCGACAAAAAAUAUGUACACUAUCUGUUUUAUUCGACUUAUUACAACUUGGUUCCCCAAGCAGUCCGUAUCCGUGCUCAAUCACCUUAUAUUCUAAUACCAUGGAUCAGUCUUUAUGCGAUCAUGAUGAAGGUCAUUCCAACCGAGUUGAGCAAACUAGGUUUUCCAAGUUCUCUGCUCAUAGGCACAUGCAUAUUGAUCACGAUUGUCGUUUUUAUCGGUGGAGUUAUUGGACUUUCAUGGUAUACAGAUAAAUUCGACAUCACAAAUCGGGUGAUAGAAGGAAUUGAAAAUGAUUUGAAAGAGCCUGAUAUUUAUUACCGCGGAACAGUUGAGGCUCCUCGCAAAGGAAAUUUUUGGGUACUAACCUUAAAUAACGAGAUUGUGGGCUGUAUUGGUAUGGAUCAACGACCAGCACCUUUUUUUGACAGAUCGUCAUUGAAUAAGGCGUAUAUGACGGCUUCUCAACAUCCACGUGAUGCACCAGAAGUACAACAGGCAAAAUGGAAAUGGAUUGCCACGUUUAUGAUAAAAUUGGAUGACAUGAUUCGACUUACAAUCGUUGGUCUAAUUGAAACCGUCAGAAAUGCUAUUAUGCGGCUGAAAGGAAGCGCAAAAAACACAACAAAGUAUAAACCCAGAAUCUUGUACGGAGCGCAUAAACCAAAUGAAGCUAGUGUACGUCGUUUGGCUGUGAAGUUAGAAUGUCAAGAUAAUGGAUUGUCCACAGUGUUACUGAAAAGGGUUGCGUUCUGGGCUCAUGCACAUCAGAUUGAUUAUCUCUAUGCAGAAACAGAUGAGCUGCAGACGAAACUAGCAGAAAUCUUGGUUAAGAAACAUGGUUACAUUCUUUUGUCGAAAGAUAAGAUUGGUUUAUUCAAGGAGAAGUCAAAAUUCAAACUUGAUGUAAAAUUAUGGAUGAGCAAGGAGCUUGAAAUGCGAGCGAAAGAUAAGGCACUUCAAGCCCGGAUGAAAGAGGAAAAAGAACUCGAAGAGUUUGAAAGAAGUUACCAACGCACUACUAUCUAA